AUGGUGGUCAGCCAGAUCCAGCUCGAUGACUUCCGAAGGUGGGCUGCCAAGUCCUUCGACAACGGGCAUGAGCGCGUUCGGAUCUUCAGCGAGUUUGCCGUGCAUCGCGGCGGGCGAUCCAUGCUGGACGUGCAGCUGCGGGGCAUCGCUCUCCUGCUGGCCAGCCCUGUACCCUGGGAGUACUACAUCAAUCUCAGCGAUACGCAUUACCCGGCCGACGCUCCCACUUGGUUCGCCUCCUACCUUUGGCUGCACCGGGGAAGCAACUAUGCCAGGAUCACCUCCACGAAGUACUACGACCCCACCCUCCAGGGCGGCCGGCACGCGACCUACUCGGGGCCUCGGUCGGAGGACGUCUACAUCGCCUGCGACCGAUCUCUGGCCUUCGAGUGUGAGGGCCAGCUCCACUCCCUCACGCCAGGCGAGAAGUUCCCGCCGCUUUGGUCGGGCAUCACUGCGGCCUCGGGGCCGGAAUGGGUCGUUCUCAGCCGCUCCUUUGUGGAGUACGUGCAUCGAGGCCUUGCUGAGCCGGAGGCCAACUUGGUUUCUAGGCUCUACGACGAUCUGGCAUCCCUAAGCAUUCCGGAGGAAACCUUCUUCCAGACCUUGCUUCUGACUUCGCCAUUCUGCCACACGGUGCUGAGACAUGAGUUCUUGUAUUUGGAUUUGUAUGAUGCUCCGUGGCGCACAUCCCCUGGAAGCGACUUCCCAUUUCAGAGCCCGAGGCACCUCAACGCCACGCACCUGCCCGAUAUCGCCACGGAGGAGCCUUGGUUUGUGCGGAAGAUCGACGCCGAGAAGCCGGGCUCUGUCGCGUUGCGAGCCUCCCUGGAGGCGAGCAUUGCACGCCGCAACCGAGUAAGGUGGCUCACUGGCCGAAUCCCGCGGCCUCUGUCCCGGGCACUGGGUGCCGAGCUGGAGGGUGUUGAGUUCGAGCAGCUGGUGACUGUUUCAGCACGCCCGACGCCGAAACGCAUGCGAGUCUGGCUGAAAGGCCUUUGCAUGGGAGGACCACAGCGUGCUGCUCUCCGCGGUGCCACGGCGUCCGGAGCCUUGUUGCUGACGGAGCGCGCGGCGGUGGCACAGCGGGCGGGGCUUGCGAGGGGCUUCUUGCCACCUGUGGUGGCACUUCGCAUCGGCUGUGGCUGGGACGAGGGCACGUACCGCUUCCAUGGUGAAGUUUCACUGAUCGAUGCCACUCACUGUCCCAUCGUGAGCCUCAUCUCGUACCUGAACAACGUGGGGUUUGAGGGCGAGGUCGCCAUCCACUGGUUCUUGGAGGGCCAGCUGCAGCGCCAAUCUGGCGGGAAGAUUCCGAAAGGUUUCAGCAUGUUCGUGGACAACCUCAAAGAUCCAGCUCCUGGCAAAUGGUCUGUCCGUUUGAUAGACGCGACACUGGGACACAGGACCGUGUGUUUGAAGUGA